UUCGAGCCCGCGAUGAUGGACGAGGAAAUGGACGAGACGGAAGCCGUUCCGCAGGUCUAUAUGGCAUGCAUUCUACACGGUCAUCGAGUUGGAGUUUCUUAUUAUGAUUCCAGCAUCCGCCAGCUUCAUGUGCUGGAAGUUUGGGAAGAUAGUAACUCAGACUUUCCCCUGAUUGAUCUGGUAAAGUAUCAAGCUCAGCCCCUGAUAAUAUAUACAAGCACUAAAAGUGAAGAAUCCUUUUUGUCCGCUUUACAACGAAAUGAUGUGAUGACAAAGGCUCCUGAAGUGAAGUUUGUAAAAAGCUCAAUAUUUAGCUAUGAGCAAGCAUGGCACAGGUUGGUAUACCUUCGUGUCACAGGAAUGGAUGAUGGGUUAAAUAUCAAGGAGAGGAUUUGCUAUCUUAGUUCUAUGAUGGACAUUGGAAGUGAGGUUCAAGUUCGUGCAAGUGGGGGCCUUCUGGCCAUAUUAGAGAAUGAAAGGAUCGUAGAUACCCUGGAACAAAAGGAAAGUGGGAAUGCAUCAAUCACAAUUGAUUCUGUAAUGGAAAUUUCAUUAAACAAAUUUCUUAAACUUGAUGCGACAGCUCAUGAAGCAUUGCAGAUAUUCCAAACGGACAAACAUCCAAGCCAUAUGGGCAUUGGUAGAGCAAAAGAAGGGUUCUCCGUGUUUGGCAUGAUGAAUAAGUGUGUGACACCAAUGGGUAGACGUCUCCUAAGAAAUUGGUUCCUGAGACCUAUAGUGGACCUCGAAAAUUUGAAUGGUCGUCUGAAUGCUAUAUCAUUCUUUCUUUGUUCUGAAGAACUGAUGGCCUCUUUAUACGAAACUCUGAAGUCUGUGAAGGACAUCCCCCACUUACUCAAGAAAUUCAACUCCCCGAGCUCCACGUGUACUGCUAGUGACUGGGCAGCAUUUUUGAAGAGCGUUUGUGCACUCUUGCAUGUGACCAAGAUAUUUGAGGUGGGCAUUUCCGAAGGUCUUCAAGAGCAGUUGAGGCUUUUGAAUUUAGAUAUUGUUGAGAAGGCUGCUUCAUGCAUCACAACAGAGCUGGCCUAUGUCUAUGAAUUGGUGAUUGGUGUCAUUGAUGUAAAUAGAAGUAAAGAGAAGGGAUAUGGGACAUUAGUGAAAGAAGGUUUCUGUGAUGAGUUGGAUGAGUUGAGGCAAAUAUACGAGGGACUGCCUGAAUUUCUUGAAGAGGUGGCAGGAUUGGAGCUUGGAGAACUUCCUCAUUUGUAUAAAAACAAGCUCGUUCCCUGUAUUGUUUACAUAAAUCAAAUAGGAUACUUGAUGUGUAUUUUUGAAGAAAAACUAGAUGACAUUACUCUAGAGAAACUUCAAGAUUUCGAAUUUGCGUUUUCUGACGCGGAUGGAGAGACAAAAAGAUUCUUCUAUCGUACCCCAAAGACUCGUGAAUUGGACAAUCUUCUUGGAGAUAUUUAUCAUAAAAUUCUAGAUAUGGAGAGGGCAAUCACUAGAGACUUGGUGUCACAUACACUCGUUUUCUCAACUCAUCUACUUAAGGCUGUCAAUUUUGCUGCAGAACUUGAUUGCUUUUUGUCAUUGGCAAUAGUUGCCCAUCAAAACAAUUACGUGAGGCCCAUUUUGACUCAGGAAACGUCGCUUGAUAUACAAAAUGGAAGGCACCUUUUGCAAGAAAUGACAGUGGAUACAUUUAUUCCCAAUGAUACAAAGAUUUAUAAUGAUGGAAGGAUUAAUAUCAUCACUGGUCCCAAUUAUUCAGGAAAAAGCAUCUAUAUAAAGCAGGUGGCUUUGAUUGUUUUUCUUAGCCACAUAGGAAGUUUUGUACCUGCUGAUGCUGCUACUGUUGGGUUGACUGAUAGGAUAUUCUGUGCAAUGGGAAGCAAGCAUAUGACCGUGGAGCAAUCAACAUUUAUGAUUGACCUACAUCAAGUAGGGAUGAUGCUAAGGCAGGCAACUUCUCGGUCAUUAUGUCUUUUGGAUGAAUUUGGUAAAGGUACUCUUACAGAAGAUGGCAUUGGUCUGCUUGGUGGAACCAUAAAUCAUUUUGUCACUUGUGAUGAUCCUCCAAAGGUUUUGUUGUGUACUCACUUGACCGAGUUAUUCAAUGAAAGCUGCUUACCAAAGUCCGAGAAGGUGAAAUUUUACACCAUGAGUGUGCUCAGACCUGAAAACAACUCUACAAACAUUGAAGACAUCGUGUUUCUAUAUCGGCUAGUUCCUGGACAUGCACCUCUUAGCUAUGGACUGCAAUGUGCACUACUUGCUGGUGUGCCGGAGGAAGUGAUCAAGAGAGCUGCAAAUGUGUUGGAUGCUGUUCAAAAUAACAGGCAUGUCGAGCGCUCGAACCAUGCGAAUAUAUUAGCUCGAGAUCAGCAAUACAAGGAUGCAGUUGAGAAGAUGUUGACAUUUGAUAUUCAUAAGGGCGAUCUCAAACUCUUCUUCCAAGACUUGUUCCCCUCUUAAUUGCAUCAAAGGUUCUGAUUUAUUACUA